AUGGCGAAGCUCGGAGACCUUCCCAUCGAAGUUCUCGAGCAAAUCCUCCUCGUCCUUGAUCCCAUAGACGUCGCACAGUUCGUACAAACAUGCUCAGCGUACCGCUUCUUGCUCUACGGUGGCCCCGAUAACCAGCACUUGUGGCGCGAGCUAUAUCUGAGGCAACCCUUCGACGACUUAAGGCAAUGCUACACGCCGCUGGGAAGACCUCUACAGGAGAUAGACUGGAGGUCACAGCUGCAGCGUGUUAUGCGGGCACGAGCCGUCCUUACGAAGGAUUCCACAUGUCGCCCCGAGGAGCGCUGCGACGUUCUCCAGACUCUGAUCGACAUGGUCACCCACAUCCCCCCAGUGACGCAUCCAGAGGGGAUCGAGCCCUCCAUGAACCAUGUCUGGGCGACCGCUAUGCUCCGUGGCAGCACGCUCAUCGAACACGAGGAGCGGGAGCUCUCCCCGGAGGAACAGCAGCUCCGCGCACGCCUACACACGUACUUCGGGCUCAACGCGCAUGAUUUUGAACCGAAGAAGCAUACGGCGUCCCGCGCGUUCGUGUAUGCGAUGCGGAACUACAGGUACGACAACGACUUUGGGCCGUUUAUGAUGGACGGCAGCGGGCGCGUUAACUGGGUGCACCUCCGCGCGGUCCACCAUGUGAUGUCGAUGCACAUCGUCCCCGAUAUGGAGGAAGCGGCGACGGCGGUGUUCAACAUAUACCCCAUGAGCAUGCCGUGCACGCAGAGCAUCAUUCCGAACGGCAUCAAUCUGGACGAGGAACAGGAUUGGGCAGGAGUGGAGGGCAAAUGGCAAUGUUCGUUCUGUUUCGUGGAUCAUAGGGAAUUGCUGAUUUACAACAACUUCAACGCAUCUGAAUCCGAGCCCCUACAGACGGAUAUUUUCGAGGACCCAGACUUCGUCGAAGUUUUCCGCUCAAUCUAUGUCGAGCUGCGCAUCCUGGGAACGGAACCAGACCCAGACCACCCUGGUCGACCUCGUAUCAACUUUGGCGGCUCGCUGGACGGACACGCGAUAUUCGUCGGCAGUGUCAAGGUCACGCCCGAUGACCAGAUUCGUUGGCGUUUCACCUCCGGAGAGCAGGGUAACGCUAUCUGGAGCUCCGAGGGUGUACAGGUCGGCAAUGUGAGGUCAAAGUUUGGUAUUCUGGGUUCCUGGACGACCGUUUUACACGAUAGACACGAUCCAGUUGGUACGUCGUGGCUCAGCCGACAUACUUGUCCGUGCAUUGCGAGCUGA